CGCGCGAGGAGGCGCCAUAGUGACUGUAGCCCUGGAGACGGUUACUUGCCAACGGGAGCCGCCGCCGCCGCCUCACGCAGCCCCGACCGCCGCCGGAGCCCCGCGCAGCCCUGAGGGGAGCCUGGAGGCGCCGGGGAGCCACCGAGAGCCAGGCAUGCAGGAGUCUGAGGGCGGCUCAGAUUCCACGACUCCUGUGGCGCUGCGAACGUCGGCAUCGGUCCAGGCCCCGGUGGUCCAGCCGGUGCCAGCAUCCCAGCAGAGGGUUUUGGUACAAGCGACAGGCUCCACUCCGAAAGGGGCACAAAUGCAACAGCUGUCCGUCCCCAGAGUCCAGCAGGUUCCACAGCAGGUGCAAGCGGUACAGCAUAUCUAUCCAGCUCAAGUCCAGUACGUGGAAGGAGGAGAAGCUGUCUAUACCAAUGGGACCAUACGUGCCGCUUAUUCGUACAACACCGAGGCUCAGAUCUACGCCCCGAGCAGCGCAUCCUCCUACUUCGAAGCUCAGGGAGGUAGCUCUCAGGUGAGCACGGGGCCUUCGUCUCCGACUACCAUCCCCUCGCACGGCAUGGUGGGCAUCGCGAUGGACAUCGGGGGAAGCCAGAUCGUGUCCAGCUCGGGAGCCUACCUCAUCCACAGCGGCAUGGAGAGUGCCAGGCACGCCCUAUCUCACACCUCGCGCUCCUCCCCAGCCACGCUUGAAAUGGCGAUUGAAAACCUCCAAAAAAAUGAAGGCAUAACGUCGCACAAAAGCAGCUUGCUGAACAGCCAUCUUCAGUGGCUGCUGGACAACUACGAGACGGCCGAAGGGGUCAGCCUGCCCCGGAGCUCUCUCUAUAACCAUUACCUGCGCCACUGCCAAGAGCACAAGCUGGACCCUGUGAACGCCGCGUCCUUCGGGAAGCUGAUCCGCUCCGUCUUCAUGGGACUGAGGACACGCCGGCUUGGCACAAGGGGAAAUUCCAAAUACCAUUACUACGGUAUCCGCCUCAAGCCAGACUCCCCGCUCAACCGCUUGCAGGAGGACGCUCAGUAUAUGGCCAUGAGGCAACAGCCCAUCCACCAGAAACAAAGGUACAGACCUUCGCAGAAGUUGGACGGCCUGGCGGAGGCCGGUUCGAACAGCAGCCUGCACUCCACGCCCGAGCAAUCCGUUGCAGCGCAGAGCCAGCACCACCAGCAGUUCAUUGACGUCACCCACACCCUCCCUGCGUUCCCAGCCCUCGAUCUGGAAAACGUGCUCCUGCAGGAGGGAAUCGACGCGAGCGACGUCAAGACUCUCCAGGUCCUCUACAGGCGGCAUUGCGAGGCCAACGUGGACGUCGUGAUGAGCUUGCAGUUCCCUUACAUCGAGAAGCUAUGGCAGUCUUUCUGGAAUUCGGAGUCCCACUCGAGCGAAUCGGCCUCCGCUGCCGUCCCUGCCAGCGAAGAGCCCUGCGACGCCCUCGUCCCGAGGCACAAGCUGAUCGCCAUGUGCAAAUACAUCCCCAUCAUGAAAUGGAUGCGGGGCUGCGACCACAUCUUGUACCAGACGCUUGUGGAGAUCCUCAUCCCAGAUGUUCUCCGGCCUGUUCCCAGCACGUUGACCCAGGCCAUCCGCAACUUCGCCAAAAGUUUGGAAGGUUGGCUAAUAAACGCCAUGAGCGACUUCCCCCAGCAGAUCGUCCAGACAAAGGUGGGUGUGGUGAGCGCCUUUGCACAGACUCUUCGCAGGUACACCUCCCUCAACCACCUGGCGCAGGCGGCUCGCGCCGUCCUCCAGAACACCUCGCAGAUCAACCAGAUGCUCAGCGACCUCAACCGGGUGGAUUUUGCUAACGUCCAGGAGCAAGCCUCGUGGGUGUGCCAGUGCGAGGAGGGCCUGGUGCAGAAACUGGAGCAGGAUUUCAAGCUGACCCUCCAGCAGCAGAGCUCUCUGGACCAGUGGGCCAGCUGGCUGGACAACGUGGUGACCCAGGUCCUGAAGCAUCACGAGGGAGGAGCCGGCUUCCCAAAGGCAGCCAGGCAGUUCUUGCUGAAGUGGUCCUUCUACAGCUCCAUGGUGAUCCGAGACCUCACCCUGCGCAGCGCUGCCAGCUUCGGCUCCUUUCACCUGAUCCGCCUGCUGUACGACGAGUACAUGUUCUACCUGGUGGAGCAUCGCGUGGCUCAAGCGACGGGGGAGACGCCCAUCGCCGUGAUGGGAGAGUUCAGCGACCUGGCCUCCAUGUCUCCAGCCUUGCUCGAUAAAGACGACAUCAGCGACCUGGGCAGCGAGGCGGAGGCGGAUUCCCGGUGCGCCGGCGAGCCCCUCGUGAAGCGCGAACGCAGCGACCCCGGCCCCUCGCUGCAAGAGAUCUAAAGAGUUGGCGGCACGGCGGGAGACGCCCAGCUCCCCAUCGCGUCCCAACUCCGGAAGCAAAAGUUUCCAAAGCUUUCUGGAAACCCCAAAGGCUGGGUUUCCGCCUCCUCCACAAUCCGAGUGCCUCUCAGCUCCUCUUAACGUUUCACAGAUGUGGUCCCUGCCUGA